CCGAGGUCCAAGAUGGCGGCGGCCACGUCUACUGGAUCGUUCACUCGCGAAGAAAUCGAAAACCUGACGGAAAUGGAGGACAUUCAGAGGGCCUACGACCAACUAUGCAACGACGAGAAAGAGGUUACAGAACAACUGGAUAGUUUACUGGACCAGCAGCCUACUCUGGAGGGGAAAAUGUCAACCUUACAUCGUAUGGGGCCCAACCUUCAGCUGUUACAGCAGGACUCGGAGCAGCUGGCCAGCAUGAUCUCCUUCACCUGUCAGCUGGCCGAGAACGUCAGCAGCAAGGUCAGACAGCUGGACCUGGCCAAGAGUCGUGUCCAAGCUGCUAUUCAAAGGGCUGAUGACAUCCUGGAUCUGAAGUUUUGUACAGAUGGGGUCCAGACAGCUUUGCAGACUGGAAAUUAUGAACAGGCUGCAGCACACAUCCAUCGGUACCUCAGUCUAGAUGAGAAAGUACUCAAGCAGAGCAUUCCAGAUGCAAAGGAAGGCAGUGGAAUAGAACACUCCCUGGAGCUCUUACACAAGGCGGAGCAGGAACUCAAGGUCAUUAUCAACAAGGAGUUUGACGAGGCCGUGGACAACAAGGAUGCGACCGCCGUCGACAGGUUCUUCAAGAUCUUCCCUCUGAUUGGUCUGAGAGACGAGGGACUGAAGAAAUUCACCGCUUACCUCUGUACUCAAAUAGCGAACACUUCUGAGCAAAAUCUCCAAAUAGCAAUAGGAACAACUUCUACAGAGCGAAGAGCCAAUGUGGUUUAUGCAGAUACCCUGACGCACCUUUUUGAAGGGAUAGCCAGACUAGUGGAGACCCAUCAACCCCUAGUGGAGACUUACUAUGGUCCAGGUCGGAUGUUGACCCUGAUGACAGAGUUACAGAAGGAAUGUGACAGACAGGCCAGGAGAGUGGUGGACGCUUUCAUCAAGAACAGGGCUUACCAGAAAAAGGCACAGCAAGUCCAGCAGUGCAUGAUGGGAAGGACAGCCACAGAGAAACCUGAUCCAAAAGAGCUGGACACCUUGUUAGCAGAAGUUACUCUGAUCAAUUCAAGAGCAGAACUUUACCUUAGAUUUUUCAGGAGAAGAGUCACUGCUGACUUUGAAGUCCAAUAUCAAGAAGAAGAACAAAGAAAAGACAAGCUGACAGAGUUGGACAGACUGGUGCGGACCUGUGGCCUGAGUCUGUGUGUACAGGAGCUGACUGGAGAUUACAUCCUUAUGGAAGAAUACUUCCUCAGGGAAAUGAUUAUGAAGGCUGUGAGUAUGGACAUCAUGGAAGAUGCCUCCUUGACAUCAAGUAUGGUGGAUGAUGUCUUCUUCAUCCUCAAGAAAUGUAUCAAGAGAGCGAUGUCCAGUUCUAACGUAGACCUGGUGUGUGCGAUGUUGAACCAUGCCACGACCAUCCUGGAGCAGGACUUCUGUGAGGUCCUGUACGGCCGGCUGAGGCAGGGCUUCCCCUCCGGAUUCCUGGACUUCACCCAGGCCGUCAACCUCAUGCAGUCCACCAUCCAGCAGAGGAAGAUCGCCUCUGAGAGCACAGAGGACACCAAAACAGCUUUCCUGACAACAUUGAACAAUGCAGAAGCCUGCAGUGAGAAUAUCUUGCUGUUAAAAGCAAGCUUAGAGGACGAAUGUGCCAGACAUUUUCCACUAGCUGGAGAGCAGGGAAAGGCCAAGCUCGAUAGCUGCCUGAGUGAUCUGGCAUCACUGUCUCACAGGUUCAAGAACAUGCUACAGGAGGGUUUGGCAGAGCUGGAUAGUUCAGCCAUCAAGCCGCAGGUGAAGCCGUGGGUGGCCACCUUCCACUCCUUCAGUCACAACAUCUCUGAGGAGGAGUUUACCAACUAUGAGGCCAACGACCCCUUCAUUGAAAACUUUGUAGUCAACCUGCAAUCACUGUUGGACUCUUUCAAGGGUUCCUUGAGUCCCAGCAUCUAUGAUCAGCUGAUCAGCCAUCUGACCAAUCAGGUGACACAUCAGUUGGAGAGGGCAGUGAUGAAGACAGUAUUCAACAGGCUGGGAGGACUCCAGUUUGACAAAGAGCUGCGAGCCCUGGUGGGGUACCUGACCUCGGUCACACAGUGGACCAUCAGGGACAAGUUUGCACGGCUUACCCAGAUGGCAACUAUUCUCAACAUGGAGAGGGUUGGUGAGAUUCUGGACUACUGGGGUCCCAACUCGGGACCUUUGACCUGGAGAUUGACCCCUGCGGAGGUCAGACAGGUGCUGGCCCUCAGGGUGGACUUCAGAAGUGAAGACAUCACCAGACUCAAACUCUGAUGUUUACACAAGAGGAGACUUAAGUCAUUUUUAGAGAUU